CAGCAGUCCAGCUUGAGUAGGGGGCUGUGCAAGCCAACUUCAAGCAAGCAGAUUUCGAACAUGAUGUCGCAGUCUGACAGGGCUGCCAUCGUCAUACCAUCCAGCCCUAGCAAAUGCGCAGAUUAUGUGGCCAGUGGAGCCCACAAGUUCAAGGUUGAAUGGGCGAAGCAAGAUGUGGCGGCCGCAGAGUUUGGCAUGUCGGCAUUUAAACCGCCGUGAAGGUCAGGAGUCGAAUCUGUAUAUAUUGCCUGACCGACUGCGUCUUUUAAGAAUC